GAAGAUGCAGAGAAGAGAGGGCAAUGACCUCCAAGAAAUGUCAAAGUUGACGCAUGCGCUCUGACCCACCCAAAUCGCUGCAAAUAUCCCGACUUCCUGCCGUAUUUUUUGCCCAUUUUCGUUACGAAAAAAGAGCUCUAAUUUCGGAAAACACAGUCAUGUCUGCGGGGAUAGGCGCUGCCCCGCUGUUCGCCUGCACCAAGUGCAACAGCAGGCACCCGUUCGAGGAGCUUUCGCAGGGACAACAGUUGUGUAAGGAUUGUCGUCAAGCGCACCCUGUCGUGAAAUGCCUGUACUGCAGGGCCGAGUUUCAGCAGGAAAAUAAGAGCACCAUCUGUAAGAAAUGUGCACAGAGCGUCAAGGCCUAUGGAACACCAACCAUCUGUGAGUUCUGUAACCUGAUCGCGGCGUUUAUCGGGUCCAAGUGCCAGAGAUGCACCAACCUGGAGCGGAAGUACGGCCCCCCCUCCACCUGCGACCAGUGCAAGCUCAGGUGUGCCUUCGACAGGAAGGACGACAGCAAGAAAAAGGUGGACGGGAAGCUCCUGUGCUGGCUGUGCACUCUGGCCUACAAACGGGCGCUGCAGAAAGCCAAGAAGAGGAAACACGCCGACCACGGCCACGUCUCGUCUCACUCAGGCUCACACCACAACUCGCACCACAAGGACAAGUCCAAGCACCACAGUGGCAUCUCGACGACUCUUUUCUCCAGGUCUUCCACCGGCCACCACCACCAUCAUCACCAUCACCACCACCACAGCAGCAACAAGAAGGCCAAGGUGGAAAAAUCCACUGCCAAUGGCAGUGCAAGGUACAGGCAAGCUUUGCCUACUACCUCUAGUUCAAAUCUGGUCCCUCUAAAGAAACCAAAGUUGGAUCAGAGAGCUAAUGGCUUGGCAAGCUCCUCUGAGUUGGCGGACAUCACAAGCACAGACCAGAUGAUCGCCAUGACCCAGCUGCGCGAGGAGGUCGCCAGUCUGAAGAAACAGAUCGAGCAGAAAGACAAGCUACUCCUGGAGAAGGAAAAAAAGAUCACAGAGCUGAAGGCUGGUCAGUGGGAGACGGAAAAGGAGAUGAGAAACAAGAUUCAGAACAUGCAGAAGAACCACCAGGAUGCUGUGGAGUCACUUCAGAGUCAACACCAGGACAGUCUGAAGGCUCUACAGACCAAGAAUCGCGACCUACAGAAGCAGAUCUCCCAGCUGAGCAGUAAGAAGCCAAAGGUCACCACAGCCGCCUCAGCUGCCACUUAGCAGCAACACUGCCACUGUCACGUCUGUCCACAAACCUGUCCCUUAAGCUAAGGGCACAUCCAGCUGUACGUGCAAUUUGUCCGUACGUUUUUUUGGCGGGCCACAACCGCCACGUAUUUCUAAAAAAACGUGGGGAACGACUGGUAAGAGCAGGGAGGGAAUACAUCAACGCACACGAAGUUUGACCUGCACGUUAAGAUCUAGGGGGUGUCUGCGCGCUCCAAAAUCCAUCGGAUUCCCUACGAGUUCGUACGGAGGCGGUACUUACCACUUACGGAUCCCGAAAGAUUGCCCACAUUUUAGCAUAUAGACAGCAUGUAUUUGCACGUACGGCGGGUUGUGCCCUUAGCUUUAGUAUCCUUACAUGCCACCAAAUAAUGCCACACCAAUUCAUGUUUUUGGUCCUCUGUGGUUUGAGGUAGAAAGGUAUAGCAAGAGUACGCAACACAAGAGAGCCUGUGGGGAUUUUGGAACUUUGCGUCCGAGUAUUUUUACUUCCUGAAGCUGAGUGAGCCAGGGCUCAGUGCUUCUCUUGAUCUUCCAGUUUCUUUUUCUAGAUUUGAGAACCAAGAAAUGAAUUUGGUGUGGCCUAUAGUCUUCAGUGGGUUGUUCUUCCUAUGUCUGGCAGUCAGCAUUUUAGAACCUUAUCAUUAGAAUUUUUGUCCAUAUCGUUACUUCCCUUAGAAAAUAUUUGAUGUUGACCCGAUUGCCAUACAUACAUGGGUAUCAACUUUGUAGUGAUUACAUUUUUUGUAUUUUACGGAUUUGUGAAGAUAUCUGCAUUGUUUCCAAGCAUAAGGGCAUCCUAACUCUAGGAAAGUCUUUUCCAUUUUUGUACCCCGUUCUUGAUAGGAUUUGCAUGUUUGAUUUUUGGAGAGGGAGACAGUCAUGUUCCCAACAAUUUCCAAACCAUUUUAUCACCAUUAUUAACACUGCCAUUUCAACCACUGAGGUUUAAACAUAAUUUUAUAUUUGAAAAAAAAAAAGCACAAAUCUUAAAUGCUGACCAGAUAUACAAGAUAUACAUGUGAGAUGUUUUCUUGUACUCUUCAGGUAGAAACACAGUUUUUUAAAAACUUUUUAUCAUCCAAAGCCAUGAUGUUCUUUCCACUCAGGCAGGUUCAGAAAAGCCUCUGUGUUUUAAUGUUCAACACUGUGUGAGGCAGUCUACAGUAACAUGCACAAUAUCCACAUUGCUUGUACAAUGGUACUGUAAAAUUCUCCAACAACACUUUAAGUUUUCCUGUCUACAUGCUUGCCAUUGUGGGGUGUCACCACUCACAAAGGCUACAGUGAGGCUAUCGUUGGUGUGUUGCUACUGAUGUGCACAUGGAUAAAGCAUAGCAGGAUGCAGGUUUGGAGCAUUCGCUCUUUACUUGAGCUUCUCAGUUGGCCAAAGAGUCUUUGUAGUUAGCCACAAUCUCCUUGAAGAUGUGUACGUCUUUGGAGGUGCAAAUUUUUUUUGUAGAGAACUUAGGGAUGCCUGUUGAGUUUUGAAGAAAGCUUUGAAAAUGUCUUCUAAAACUCUGUGGGAUUUUAAGUGUUAGGAAACGGCUAGAGCUUGCCCUUUUUACAAUUGUAUUUUCAGUGUACUUUCAUGUUCGUGUGUUACUGUUGUACCAGUGACCCAUGAACUUGUGCACCCCUCUCUCUUUAAGUGUAGUCUUCCAAAGGCAGCUUGUGACAAUGACAUGUGGUGGUACCAUUGAUAGUGAAAGGGGGGAAAGCUGCCAUGUUUCAGGGGAUUUGAGUUUUUGGAAAGGGGGCAUUUCUGUCAGAAACUUGAAUUUUAGAAGGUGCUUAUUUGUACAUAAAAACUUUGGUCUCAGAUUUUAUUGGAUAAAAUAGUGACAGUAAAUGAAAUGAAAUUUUGAAAAUCUAAGAACAAAUCUUGUGAUAAUGAUUGAGAUUCUCUCACGAAUUGUUUCCCCUAUACAAAUUUGUGUACAUGCAAAAAAAA